UUGUUGCAGGGUUGACUCAUCCCUUCGGCUUCCUGGUUCCUGACGAGGAGUGCGGAGUGCGAGAGAGCCAUCGUGAAGCCAUGCAAGCCCUGCUGGGGAUCCUCGGACUGGGACUUGUGGGCACUUUCCACCUUGCAGAUGGGAUCCCUGUGCAGCCACGCUUUGACUACCAGAGGAUGGAAGGGAUGUGGCACCACAUUGCGAUGGUAAACAAAGGAGCUGAGCCGGAUGUGGUUGCAGGAGUCAUCCGAAUUCAUCCUAUGCCAAAAGGGGAUCUCUCUGUGGAAAGGAAUAUUGUUGUGAGACUUGCAUGUAGGGCUGUCAACUUCCGUUUUAGACAUGCCGAUCCACCUGGUAAAUUCACCGUUUUCAAUGCAAAAGGAGACCAAAGCAAUAUCCAUGUGGUUGACACAAAUUAUGACGGCUACCUUGUUCUCCACACUGAGAUUGGCCAGGACACCGGGCUGCAUCUUUUUGCUAGGGGGCUAGAAGUGUUGGACAACAUCAAGGAAAAAUUCAAGGGUCACGUAAAAUCUCUGGGAUUCUCUGAGAGUGACAUCCAGUACCCAGGCAAAGAUGAGCAAUGCUCAAUGACGGAUAAGUCUUGAAAAAGAAAUGUAUUCCUGCCUGACUCUGCUCUGCCAGCGGAAAUGGACACUAUGGAUUCAUUGCUCAUCUUGGCAUAUUGGGACUUCACGGCAAAGAAUUAAUUACCGCCGAGCAACCAGAACAGCUCCCCACCACCACUGUUUGCAAACCUCAGAGUUAGAUGUUUAACUAGCAAAUAAACGCAUUCUCCCCUGUG